GCUUGUCUGAGAAUACGAGCAACUGAGCUUCAGCAUCCAACAAUGGCGAUGCCUUGUAGUGAACCGGAUCUAAAACCCGCACAGAAGGAAGACCGAAUAGACGUAUUCUGGCACGAAGGUAUGCUGGAACACGACACGGGUCGGGGGGUUUUCGAUACGGGUAUGGAUCCGGGUUUUCUCGACGUGCUGGAAAACCACCCGGAGAACUCGGACCGGGUCAAAAACAUGGUUUCUAUCCUCAAACGGGGCCCCAUUUCUCCAUUCAUUUCUUGGCACCAAGGAAGACCCGCCCUCAUCUCUGAAUUGCUGUCUUUCCAUACCCAGGAAUACAUAAACGAGCUAAUCGAAGCAGACGAAAAACAGGGCAAAACCAUCUGCGCCGGAACAUUCUUAAACCCUAGAUCAUGGUACGCCGCGCUUCUUGCAGCGGGGUCCACCAUAUCAGCAAUGAAACACGUACUCGACGGACAUGGAAAAAUCGCGUACGCGUUGGUUCGUCCGCCAGGUCAUCAUGCUCAGCCCAGUCGAGCGGAUGGGUAUUGCUUUCUCAACAAUGCAGGUCUUGCUGUACAGUCAGCUCUCACUUCUGGUCUCGAUAGUGUUGCUGUAAUAGAUAUCGAUGUUCAUUACGGGAACGGGACCGCCGAGGGUUUCUAUCGGUCCGAUAAAGUUCUCACUGUGUCUCUUCAUAUGAAUCACGGCUCGUGGGGCCCGUCUCACCCGCAAAACGGGGCUGUGGAUGAACUUGGUGAAGGUGAAGGGUUUGGGUAUAAUUUGAAUAUACCGUUGCCGAAUGGUUCCGGAGAUAGUGGAUAUGCUUGUGCGAUGACGGAGUUAGUUGUACCUGCUGUCGAGAAAUUUGAACCGAAAAUUAUGGUUCUUGUUAUUGGCCAAGACUCCAGUGCAUUUGAUCCGAACGGAAGGCAGUGCUUGACAAUGGAAGGAUACAGAAAAAUCGGGCAAAUAGUUCGAGAAAUGGCAGAUAAACAUUCCAAAGGGCGGCUCGUAAUUGUGCAAGAAGGUGGAUAUCAUGUUACGUAUUCGGCCUACUGUCUGCAUGCAACUCUUGAAGGUGUGCUUAAUUUUCCGGCUCCUUUAUUGUCCGAUCCUAUUGCUUAUUAUCCAGAAGACGAUUCUUUCGCCACUCGAGCUGUCGAAUCCAUAAAGAAGUACCAAAGAGGCAUCGUCCCGUUUUUUAAAUAGGUUUGUAUUAACGAGGUGGUGUACGUUUUGUUGGAAAUUUUGAGUAUUUGACUCAAAUUUUGUUGAAUAUUUAAGUGGUUUAAU